ACAAAUUUUCGAGCGCCGCUGCAGCGGCAGUCACUUAGCCAUCAGCCGUCGAGCAGGAGAGAUCGUGGAGUGAUCAGUGAUCAGUGAUCAGUGAGUGAGCAGUGAGCAGUGAGCAGUGAGCAGCUCGCAGUUAACCGAUUGUGAUAGUUGGCCAGCUAGCCAGUUAGCCAAGUUAGUUAGUGUUAGUGUUAGGCGCUAGAGUGCGUGCUACCGGACCAAUGCCAGCCUUUACCUUAAACGUCAGCCAACAGAGCCAAAGUAGCAGCAGCAGCAGCAGCAGCCACUGGAGCCACAGCCACAGCCGCCAGUUGCUGCUGGUCAUCAUGAUCCUGGCCGCCGUGGUGCCACAGAACACCCAGGCCCGCCAUCUGAGGGACCAGGUGGCCCUGGACUAUGCCUACGAGGAGGACAACUCCUCCGGACGAUCGUCAUCUUCGUCGUCGGCUGGCGAUAUACUGCCCGCCUUCGAUGUGAAUCCGUAUCGCGGACUCGCCGAGAGCUUCGGCGAGGGCAGCUACGACAGCGAUCUCAGCCUGAGCGAGAGCAGCUACGAGGAGAUCGCCCAGGCGGCCAUCCGGGCGGCCAGGCGGGAGAUGCGUCGCCAGAGGACGCGGCACGCCCGCAGCCACAAUCUGCGGCUCUUCGCCAGCAAGUCGGAGGUGCCCGAGUGGGAGAAUCCCUGCGGCGGCACCUACACGGCGGACGAGAGCCUCGGCUCGGAUAGCAGUGCCAGCCAGGGACGAGUGAUCAAGCGCAAGCACCUCGAGAACCUGCGGAACAUCACGAUGAGCGAGUACCAAGACAUUACCCACCGCGCCACGCUGGAGUACGGCAGCCAUCAGCACUGGCAGCACGAGUACAAGUUCCUGCCGAACAUGACGAAGCCCACUAGUGCGGUGAAGCUAAAGACCUGGUACCGCCACAUGCAGACCUUCGUGGGCAGCUUCUCGUAUCUGGGACGGGCGCAGUACAAGUUCCGCAAGGACCAACAGAAGAGCAUCAACGAGGCGGUCACCAAGGAGCUGCACGACCUGCUGGUCAGCGCCCGCUACAUGCUCUGCGAGAUCGAGUCGACCAUCAACUCCUCGUACCCCAACAGCAACGGGGCCAAGCUGAGCCGCGUGAGCCGGCAGGCGAUGGAGGAUCGCCUCAAUUUCCACACCCCGGCCAAUGGAUCCGCGGAGGCGGACCAGCGGGACCUUAAAGUGAGCAAGGAGCUGUAUUUCCAGUAUCUGGACAAUGUUUGGAAGACGCUGCAUCGCGUUUUGCGGCGUCCGCGACGAAACAGCGGCGAAAGGCGUCACCUGGCGGCAGCCCGGGGAACCGGAUCAGGAUCAGGAUCGGGAGCGGGAGCGGGAGCGAGCGGCCUGCGGGCGGGCAGCUCGGAAAUGCUAGAUCUCGGGUCAUCGAAUGCCUCCGGAGCGGGCUCCUCGGCCGAGUCCUGAGCUGAAUUUGAGCCAGCCAAGCGCUCGAACAUCACGCCCUUCCAGUAUUACAGCUACAGCGAGCUUAGCAGCUUUUCGGCCCAGCAGUUAGAGCAGCUUUCCAGCUUCCAAGCCAAAUAGAGGACCACCCAUCCACCCACCCGACCAAGCCAACCAAGCCAACGGGAGAGAACGAAGAAUUUUUGUCGAAUGCCAUUUAGACACGUACUUUAGUAUUUAUUUAUUUAUUGAGCAUCGAGUAUUGAGCAUAUUGAGUAUUAGAGCGCCUUCCAUUCCAGUUGCCAAUCCAACGAAUCCACUCCAUUUCAGCAUUUCAACAUUUCAACAUUUUCCCAUUCCCCACACUUCCAUUCGGCCCAGUGCCACCCCUCGACUAUUUAUUUCCCAUUUAGAAUAUGGCUAUUAUUUUUUUUCUCUCUAUGUGUAGUAAUUUAUUUAUUUAUUUGUAUAUCAAUAUUGUAUUUAUAUAUAUAUAUAUCAAUUUAUUUGUGAACGGCGGCCAUGAAAGUUUGCCAGAAGAAAUGAAAAAACCAACAAAAAACCAGCCACAAACAAAAAAAUGCUUAAAUCUACUGUGAUUUAUUUUAAGUACUUUUUUUGAAUAGUUCUUAGUGAAUGUGACAAAUUGUGAAUUGUGAAUGAAAACGAAGCGAAGUAUUGUACAGACAUUAUUGUGCUUAGUUUUAAGUUUGUGCAAAAUAA